GUGACUUCAGUUUCAGUAUCUAUCAAUUGUUUGCUCAUAGAUUUAAAGUUCCAAUGUGUUCUUUAUUCUAAACACUUCAGUGUGGAGUCUGAAGUAAGAAGUCAUCUAGGAGGGUUUAUGUGAAUCAGAAUGCAGUCUUGGGCCUCCGCAUUGAUGAUCCUUACUAUGAUGAUGAUUCUAACUGUCUAUGCCAGAAUCUAUGACCGCUGUAAAUUGGCACAAAAGCUGGAGAAUGAAGGCCUCAGUGGCUUCAUGGGUUACAGCAUUGAAGACUGGCUGUGCAUGGCACACUAUGAAAGUGGAUUUGAUACGUCUUUAUUGAGCCAUAAUAUUGAUGGCAGCAGUGAAUAUGGCAUUUUCCAACUGAAUUCUGCAUGGUGGUGUGAUAAUGGCAUUACACCUACCCAUAACCUCUGCCACAUGAAUUGUCAAGAUCUGCGUAACUACCAUAUUAAAGAUGACAUCUUAUGUGCAAAGAAGAUUGUGACCUUCCAUAGUGGAAUGGGUGCCUGGGAUACUUGGACAAACUACUGUUCUGGUUAUGACUUAUCUAAAUGGACCAACGGGUGUCAUAUGCACUUAAGACCUAAUUAG